AUGUCCGAGCCAAACACGCCAUUGCAUGCUCAACCGAAUGAGCAACUGGACUUGAACAACCUGAACGAUCUAGAUGAAAAGGACAUUGACGAUUUAAACUUGGAUCCAAACUCAGAUGUAGAUAUUACUGCAGACUCAGGUGAUGUCGUAAAUUCUAAUAUAGAUAACAUUAUAUGGCAGCGUACUUGUAAUAAGAAAAGAAGGUAUCACACACCAGAAUUCAAUGAUGUUUAUAAUGAAACUAACAAUGCAAUUAACGACGUAACGAUGCUCGAUGAUGUCGAUGACUUUCAACCUAGAAUCAACGUGUCUUCCCCAUUUUCGUCUACCACAAAGCUGAGUGAAUUAUUGCCAAAUGACCACAAUGGAAUUUCACACCCGAGAAGAUUGUCAAUGUCUCAACAGUCCAAAUUCAUCUCUUACGUUGAUGAUCAGCUUUUACAAAUUCAAAGAAAAUUUGUUCAAUCCAGGGGUCUGAAUAUCAAAAACGGCUAUGCUAGUCUUACUCCACUGCUGAAGGAUUUAAAAACCUUAAUUGACUUCAUUUGGUAUUCUAUCGCUCACGUCCCAAACUCAGACUAUUUACUUCAAUCAGAACAAAAAAGACAUUGCCCCGACCCCCGAAGCUCAAACGAUACACGUGGAUAUUCCAGUUAUUUCGGACAAGGGUCCUAUUUAAUUAAAAUCGCGGACGAUCUCAUCGAUUACGUGGAAAAGUUCACAUUUAAAGACAUGGAAGACUCAGAAAUUAAUGAUACUUUAUCCAAAUUAUUCAAACUAUUUUUCAUCCUUGACAGGAUAUUCGUAAUUUUAAUUGAUGAUAAUAAUUGCAAAGAUGUCCCUGAAACAUCUUCAACCAGCAAGAAAAUAACAGGAUUGAACGGAACUGACAUUGUAAGAUUAAAAGGUAUCGCAGAACGAACAAGAGUUCGCCUACCUAUAUUUUUAGAAUCCCAAGGUGUCCACGGCUACCAUUAUGAAUUAAGCAAAAUUUACGAGGGAUUUUUAGACAGUGCCAAUUCGUUCUAA